CGACCAAUAAGUGGGGAACGAGGUUUGAAGGACAAGCCAUAGGAGCCAAUCGCCUUGCGAGGAACUUAGGGGCAACAAGGACUGGGCCCAGUCUCUCUCCGCCAUGUUAGAUGCGCCCCGCAGGGGUAGCCGUUGAGCUGGCGCCGGACGCUUGGUGCCCUGGCCUGCAGCAGGCGCCCCCAGGGGGCGGGAAUCGGCUCCAGCCCCACAGCAUGGAACCGCAGGUUACACUAAAUGUGACUUUCAGGAAUGAGACACAAAGCUUUCUGGUUUCCGAUCCAGAGAACACAACUUGGGCUGACGUUGAAGCUAUGGUAAAAGUUUCUUUUGAUCUGAACACUAUUCAAAUAAAAUACCUGGAUGAGGAGAAUGAAGAGAUUUCCAUCAACAGUCAAGGGGAGUAUGAAGAAGCACUGAAGAUGGCGGGGAAGCAGGGGCACCAACUGCAGAUGCAGGUGCUCGCAGGGCACCUCGCUGCUAACGAAGCCCCAGCCGUGGUGGGAGCAGAAAGACACAGCACCUCCCCGACUGGCAAGAAGCCACUGGCACACUACUCUGCCCUGGUGAGGGCCAUGGGGUCGGAGCUGAGGAACCCUGCAGUGCCAGCCCCUGAGCCAUUUCCGCUUACCCUGGGUGACCCAGACCACACUCAGGAUAGACCUCCAGACUGGUUCACACGCUCCCUGGAGACCUUCAGAGAGCAAGUGGUGAAGGAAACCGUGGAGAAGCUGGAGCAGAGGUUCCAGCUCAUCCUGCAGAGCCCACCCGGGGGCUCCCUCACCCCCGACUCUGCCCUGCCUGCUGCGGAGGAAGCGCCCCCACUGCCAGUGGCCCCGUUCAGCUGGCCUCUGGUGUGCAGCGGCUGCCACCGGCGGAUUGUGGGCACACGCUACCAGUGCAGCCUGUGCCCAUCGUACAACAUCUGUGAGGCCUGCGAGGCAGGCCCGUACGCCCACAGCGCCAGCCAUGUGCUGCUGAAGCUGCGGAGACCCGUGCCCAGCACCCUGGACCCAUGCUUGCACCCCAGGCUGCCUACACCCCAGCUCCCCACCGCCCUGGAGCAAGUCAGGCUCCAGAAACAGGUGGAUAAGAACCUUCUGAAGGCAGAGAAGCAGAGGCUGCGCGCAGAGAAGAAGCAGCGGAAGGCAGAGGUGAAGGAGCUGAAGAAGCAGCUCAAGCUGCACCGGAAGAUCCACCUGUGGAGCUCACUGCAUGGCCUGCAGGGCACCCGGUCCCCACCAGGCCGGCCUGAGAGCCUGCUGCCGCCUGGCAGCCUGGGGCUCCCCACGCGGCCCAAUGCCCCGGUGCUGCCGACCUUUGGCGCCGCCUUCGUGGAUGAGAACCUGCCGGACGGGACGCAUCUGCCGCCGGGGACCAGGUUCCUGAAGCACUGGCGGAUGAGGAACACAGGCACCAUCAGCUGGAGCGCGGACACCAAGCUCAAGUUCAUGUGGGGGAACCUGACACUUGCAUCUGCCGAGAGGAAGGACGUCCUCGUGCCCUUCCUGGAGGCAGGCCAUGUGGGUGUGGUGUCCGUGGAGUUUGUUGCACCUGCCCUGGAAGGGACCUACACGUCCCACUGGCGCCUGGCCCAGAAUGGCCAGCAGUUUGGACCUCGGGUCUGGUGCAGCAUCGUGGUGGACCCCUCUGCCCCUGCACAGCAUCCUAGCGACACCAGCGAUAUGGAAGGGCCCAUGAGCAGCUCCAGCGAAGGCGGCGGCCUCGGCUGCCCACAGGAGGACGCCUUGGUCCUGGCUAAAGGAGAAACCCCUCUUUGGGUCAGGACUGAGCGCACAGGAGGGACCAGGGCCCACACCCUGCAGAAGGCGAAGAGCACAGCCAGCGAGCAGGGCUUGUACAUCCCGUCUGUGGACCUGACUGCGCAGGACCUGCUGUCCUUUGAGCUGCUGGACAUAAACAUUGUGCAGGAGCUAGAGCAGGUGCCACACAACACCCCUGUGGACAUGACUCCCUGCAUGUCCCCUCUGCCACGUGACAGUCCGCUCCUGGAGAAGCCAGGCUUGGGCCAGAUUCGGGAAGAGAGCGAGGGCCUGGAGCGUGAGGCGCUGCUGGAUUCCACAGCCCCAGGAGAGAGCCAGGUGGAGAGCACAGCUGUAGUGGAAGACGUGGAGGAAGACCUGAGUGGGACCCAGUUUGUGUGUGAGACCGUCAUCCGCUCCCUCACCCUGGACGCGGCCCCAGACCACAACCCGCCCUGCAGGCCCAAGGCCCCGCAGCAGCUGAACCUCACCUCGCAGCAGGAGGGACCCCUGGGGAACGAGGAGGAGGAAGAGGACGCUGUCCACCUCACUGAGCCCGGUGCUGAGCAGGAAGACGACGAGGAGCUUGGGGAUGAGGUGCAGAGCCAGUCAUCCAGCUCCUCGGAGGACUACAUCAUCGUCCUGCCCGAGUGUUUUGACACCAGUCGCCCGCUCUCCGACUCCAUGUACAGCGCUGCACCCUGGCAGCCGGGCCCGGGCCAAGGGGCUGAGGAUGAGCCCAGGAUGGAGUCCAAGCAGGAGCCCACUGAGGCGGGGACUGGUACUGGGACAGGGACGGGGCUCCCUGCUGGAGAGAGCCCAUUGCAGGAGCACAUCCCCAGUCCCUUCCCGGAGGCCUUCCAGACCCUGGAGAUGACGGGGCUGCUGCCGGCGCCACCCAGGCACCCUGUGUGUGUGCAGCCCGGCUCCCCUGGAGAGGAUGUCCUAGUCACCUUGCCAGAAUCCUCUGCUGUCCCCAGGCAGAUGAGAGCAGAGUCCCGGAGCUCCCCAGGCCUGGCGAGCAGCAGACCGAAGAGCUGCGACCAAGCAAGGCACCUGCAAGGCAGCAGCAUCGCCGGAGGGCUGGUGAAAGGCGCCUUGUCUGUUGCCACCUCUGCAUACAAGGCCCUGUUUUCUGGGCCCCCAGUGACUGCCCAGCCCCUGGUUUCUGAGCCCCAAACAGCAGCCCUGAUGGCCCACCUCUUUGAGAUGGGCUUCUGUGACCGGCAACUUAACCUCUGGCUGCUGAAGAAGCACAACCACAACCUCUUGCAGGUGGUGACCGAGCUCCUGCAGCUCAGCAACAACGACUGGUACAGCCAGCGCUACUGAGGCCCCAUCCUGUUUGCCCACCCUGUCCUUGGGUGUGGUGGCGCCUGCCCGUUUUUACUCUGAUGAAUUUUUAGCGAGCCCUCCAUGGAAUCCACAUGACAGUACCUGUUACAAUAUUUUUUGAAGCAAAUCAAAGACCAGUACUUCCUAGGGGUUGACAGCUGGCAGAGGCAGGCCUCCACAAUGGGGAGAGGUGCCCGGCCGUGCACUGGGCGGAGCUGCCUGUCCGGCUGUUUUUCUUUCUGCUUGUACUGAGGUUGAGUGUCCUCCUUUGGUCCAGCUGGAGAUCUUAGUGGGUACCUCUUAAUCGUCUUUAUAAGAAAUUAACCUUGGAGUUUUUUUGGAUUCUCAUGAUUUCUGUGACCAACCCUAAGCCUCAUGGCUGUGAGCACCUGCUCCCCUUUCCUGCAGAGAAAGUGGUCUCCAAAAGAUGGGGAUUCCAGCAGCACGGCGGGGCUUUCACCUUGCAGACUCUGAUGGGGGGACCUAUUGAGUGGUGCCUAGUAGUAGUCUUGCAUAUAUUUUAUUUAAGAGGAGAAACGGAGGUAGUGUAUCCACUCACCUGUUGGGAAGGAAAAAGCCCCCCGGGUACCCAAAAGGAAAAGGGAGUUGGUAGGUGGCCAGGGAGCCCCAGGAGCUGCCUGCCCCCCAGACCAGCAUCCUGCUUCCUGGAGUGGGGCGGAGAUAUGUCCAGGGAAAUGACUUCAGAACAGCAGGCAUCUGAGCCCCAGCCAGAGGGGCAGGGACGGUCACCGUGUUGUCAUAUGCCCAGUUGGUGUGUGUGACAGUGGCAGUUUAAGUUACUCAUUGUACUAUGUUUAUCUUCGUGUAACUCCCGAUCGCUACUAAGCCAGGGUUCAGACCGCAACUGGCCGGCCUGCUCUGCAUUUGUAGCGUGGCUGUGGCUUGGGUGCUGGGCAGGCGCCGGAUGGCCUGUGGUCCCCCACCGCGGCUAGAAGGGUGAAAUAAAUGAUCUUGGAUGCA